AGUCAGUGGGCAGGACUCAGUCCGACUCAAACUCCUAAGCUCUCUCCAGUGCAGAGGAAUGUUCUGCUGUUUUCUCCACACUAAAGACAUGCAGUGUGACACUGUGAUCUGAAGGCCACAUACUGCAGCUGUUAUCCAGCAGAAGGAGAGUCUCUUUCCCUUCUCAUCUGCAGGAUUAAAUCCGCGGUGCGCUUUUCUAGGACAGGUGAAGCAUUCAGUUUGCAUGAAGAAACUUGUGACAUCCCAGUCUAAGCUUUAAACAGGAUUUGCACAAUAUCUCUUGCCCUUGACCCAGUCUCUGCUGAAGUCCCAAUCCCUAUUUCUCAGUUUCUGCUGAUAAAAAAGCAUCCCUUUAACAGAAUGCUACCACCAUCAUGUUUCAUUAUAGGAACAGUGUCCUUAGAAUGGAAGUGUUUUGAAAGCAUAGAAGUAUAGAAGAAUCCUGACAGAUCCUGAAAUCAUGUCGAGCAACUCGUUUGGCAGCGGCAUACUGUUCCAGUCCAUCACAGACGACCUGAAUGCGUCUUUGGCGACGGCGGAUGAGAUGUCACGAGAGUUUAGUUCCCUCCUGCAGGAUAUAUCCUUGAGUGGCACUGAAAGCUCUACAACACAGAGCUCCAGCUCCAGCUCCAGCUCCAGACCACAGAACACCACCAACUACACUCAGAGUGGCACCAAUAUCAACAGUGUUUCCUCUGCCAGUACCAUCAGAGAUGCAGGUGGAAGUGUCGUCAAUAGAGGCACCAUGUCUUUCCCCCAAUCCACACCACCCAUCAGAACUUCAGAGCCCAGCACCCGCUCAUCAGACUCGUUCUUGACCAGUGGUAGAAACCUCUCAUCCUCCCCGAACCCCCAGGUCUUUCAGUAUGCAUCUAUUCAACCUAGAAACAGCCUUGCAUCUCAAGGAUCCCUGACGCCCCCAAAUCAGUCUCCGCAUCUCCAACGCCGGGCAUCGCCAAACCCAGCCAGGUCACAUGAACGGAACCUGAGCGGCUCGUUCACUUUCACAGAGCUCUCACCUAAUUUCAAAUAUGAACAGCAAGCUGUUGCUAGCAUGCUUCAAAUCCCGGCUAAUCCAGUGUCUUUGCAUGACACAUCCACCAGUGGACGUAGGUCACCCAGGAUCGACAGAGUCCCUUCUCCUGGACCUUUCAGCCAACCGACUGCGAGCACUUUACCACGAGGUUUCACUCCGUUUAAAACUACAGAUGAAGCUGUAUCGAGACAGAACAGCUCUGCCAAAUGGAACGAAUCAGACCUGGACGUUUCAUAUGAAAGAAAGUCACACCAAACAUAUGACAAGAACGAGUGGAUCAGACCAUCUGUCCCUAACAGCAACUGGAGGGAGUCCAACCUGGACUCACCCACUGUACCUCGGAAGGACACCGUGCUCCGUCCGUUCGCAUCAGCCAUUGACUCCCUGCAAAGGAACACCCGUAUCUAUGUGCCCCCUGAUAAUGCUUUACCCACCCAGUCACCUUACAACCCUCAGCCAAUCAUCUCUCGUGUGUCCAUUCCUCCUACAUCACCUGGGCAUCGCCCACAUAGGCCCAUUCCUCUGUCUGUCAUCAUGAGGCUUCAGAACCCAUACUAUGCAGCAACCAACAGAUUUCCACGUGGGACAGAGGGACAGCCUUUGCCUCUGCCGCGCGAGUUGCUUUACCACUUUCAGUCUGUCUCUCAAGAGCAGAGACCUCCGGCAUAUUAUGCAGAAGCCCCCAAGCCCCCCUACAUGGAGCUGAUCAAAAUCAACUCACAAAACAAGCCGUCCACAAUCCCAGAAUCCCCACCGCCCUCAGCUGAGCAAAGCAAAGAGCCCAAAGUAGAAUCGAAUAACGAUGAUCCUAAGGUGGAUUUGGAUUCUCGGCCCCGUAGCCCAACUCGUUUGCAACCGGUUUUGGACCCGGAGGCUCCUGUGGUCCCUGACAUGGACGUGUUGAUGCAGAUCCGAGCCGAGAUCCCACGUGCUCUGAAGAAACGUGGCUCUGUCGAACAGAGCAUCAAGCCGACCCCCAUCAUUCAGCCCAAUCAGUACAAGCAGAUGAUUAAAAAAAUGUUCCACAGGAAAGGACCACAAACAAAGGACGAGACAGCGAAUGAGAGCAGCUCCUCAGAUGGAGAGGAGAACACACCGUCAAUACCAAGCUCACCUUUACCAAUCACAAAUAUGACCCCUCAGCAGAAGGGUCUACAGUCAAUCCUGCGGAAGCCAAAAGGCAGCAGUGUAAAGGGGCCUCGUGCUCGUCUCAGUCCUCUGGUCCUGCUGCUGGACGGAGCUCUGGUUGGCGAACUGGACACAGUACAGAGAGCUGUGCAGGAGAUGAGUGACCCGAGCCAGCCGAACGAUGAGGGCAUCACCGCCCUUCAUAAUGCUAUCUGUGGUGGGCACUAUGGUGUAGUGGAAUUCCUUGUACGCAUCGGUGCCAAUGUCAGUGCUCCAGACAGCCAUGGCUGGACACCCCUGCACUGCGCUGCCUCUUGUAACGACCGGGCCCUGUGUGAGUUUCUGGUACGUAACGGUGCAGCUGUCAUGGCAGUGACCGAGAGCGACGGAGCCACGGCGGCACAGAAAUGUGACCCAUACGCUGUGGGUUAUCAAGAAUGUGAGAGCUUCCUUAGGGGAGUGGACGAGGCGAUGGGUGUGGAGAACAGUGGCGUCGUGUACGCUCUGUGGACUUACCCAGCCCAGGCGCCUGAUGAGCUGAGCUUUAAGGAGGGAGACAUGGUGACCAUCCUGCAGAAACCAGAGGGAUUGGACUGGUGGUGGGCUUCACUCUGCGGCCGAGAGGGCUUCGUCCCAAAUAACUAUUUUGGGCUUUUUCCAAAGGUGCGGCCAAAAUCACUGUGCUAGAGGUUCUUCUACAUGCCAAGCUCCUUUUUUCCGAGGCCACACAAUCACUACGAUAUGUUUAAGAUCCUUUUUUUAUGUUGUCAUUGUAUUAUGUUAUAAGUUAUAGCAAGGGUUUGGAAGUAGAGGUGUGUAAGUUACAUUUCGGACAAAAAAAUAUAUAUAUAUUAAGUCUAAAAUAUCUAAAACUUCUGACAGGUUGAAAAAAUGCUGACCUAAUUUAGUCACAUUGUUGUUAAUGUUUGCUUUUGUUGUUUGGCAAAUGUUCUUUUCAUCCAUUGGCAUUUCCUGUUCUACUAUAAAUAAAUAUAUAGAUACCUAUAGCACAUUUCAA